GCUCUUUUACAGAAAGCAACCAACUAUAAAAGGUACCAGGAUGCCGUCCAAGUCCUCCUCCCUGCCCUCCGCCUAGGGCAGCGGUCGCAGCCGCCCUGCCGCGCUCUGCACCCGGCGGACGCCAUAGAUGGGAUCCCACCGUACAGACUCCGAAAGCAGCAUCGCAGAGAGAUGCAAGAAAGUGCCAAAGCAAAUGGACGUGUGCCACUACCUCACAUUCCUCGUACAUACCGAAUGCCAAAGGAUAUCCACGUCGAACCAGAGAAGUUUGCUGCAGAACUGAUCAAUCGUUUGGAGGAAGUACAAAAGGAACGUGAAGCAGAGGAGAAAUUAGAGGAGCGCCUUAAACGCGUUCGAGCGGAGGAAGAAGGUGAGGAUGCAGAUAUCUCUUCUGGUCCCUCGGUCAUUAGCCACAAGAUGCCUUCUGCCCAAGCCUUUCAUCACUUUGCUCCUCGUUACUCUGAGAUGGGCUGCGCCGGGAUGCAGAUGAGAGAUGCCCAUGAAGAAAACCCAGAAAGUAUCCUCGAUGAACAUGUACAGCGCGUGAUGAAAACACCAGGCUGCCAGUCUCCGGGACCUGGCCGCCACUCUCCUAAGCCACGGUCCCCGGAAAGCGGCCACUUAGGAAAGCUGUCAGGGACCCUAGGAACAAUUCCUCCAGGGCAUGGCAAGCACGCAACAAAAUCAGGAAUGAAACUGGAUGCAGCUAACUUAUACCACCAUAAACACAUCUACCACCACAUCCAUCACCACAGCGUGAUGAAACCAAAAGAGCAGAUCGAGGCCGAGGCCACGCAGCGAGUGCAGAACAGCUUUGCUUGGAAUGUAGAUUCACAUAACUAUGCAACAAAGUCACGAAACUACACUGAAAACUUGGGCAUGGCACCUGUCCCCAUGGACUCUUUAGGCUACAGUGGGAAAGCAAGUCUGCUCUCAAAAAGAAAUGUUAAGAAGACCGAUUCAGGGAAAAGUGAUGGUGCCAGCUAUGAGAUGCCAGGAUCUCCUGAAGACGUGGAAAGAAACCAGAAGAUCCUUCAGUGGAUCAUAGAAGGAGAGAAGGAGAUCAGCAGGCAUAAGAAAACAAACCAUGGCUCUUCAGGUGCUAAGAAGCAGCUGUCCCACGAUAUGGUCCGACCUCUCUCCAUUGAGCGACCUGUUGCGGUGCAUCCGUGGGUCAGUGCCCAGCUCCGAAAUGUCGUCCAGCCUUCUCACCCCUUCAUCCAGGAUCCUACCAUGCCGCCCAAUCCAGCCCCCAACCCUCUCACCCAGCUGGAAGAAGCUCGCAGGAGGUUGGAAGAGGAGGAAAAAAGGGCUGGAAAACUCCCCCUCAAACAAAGGUUGAAGCCCCAGAAGAGACCAGGCAGCGGCGCGUCCCAGCCGUGCGAGAACAUCGUGGUCGCUUACUACUUCUGCGGAGAGCCGAUCCCUUACCGCACCCUCGUCAAAGGGCGUGUGGUGACCCUGGGACAGUUCAAGGAGCUGCUGACCAAGAAAGGGAACUACAGGUAUUACUUUAAGAAGGUGAGUGACGAGUUUGACUGUGGUGUGGUCUUCGAGGAGGUACGGGAGGAUGACACCAUCCUGCCCAUCUUCGAAGAGAAGAUCAUCGGGAAGGUGGAAAAGAUCGACUAAGCUCCGGGGCUGCCGAGGCGUGAGGACAGGACUGUGAAAGACUCUGGGACCGGAGGAGAGGGCCUGGGGCGAACGCUGGUGGUGCGACUGCCACGGGGGUUGGCC